AGGAAGACGAGCUCCUCGUAUCGAACCUUCUCCAAGAGUGCUGGCAAGAGGCUCGACAAGGAGUACCUGCAGAGCCUCCACAACAAGCGGCUUUACCUGGCUGCGUUUGCUGCUGUCCUGGGCAACUUCAAUUCUGGCUUCGCCUUGGUUUACGCCUCCCCCGUCAUCCCUGCCCUGGAGGCUCACCCCAACCCUGCGCUGAGGCUGGACCAGCACACGGCAUCCUGGUUCGGGUCGGUGUUCACGCUGGGAGCGGUGGCGGGGGGGCUCAGCGCCAUGUUCCUCAACGACCGCUUGGGCCGUAAACUGAGCAUCAUGUUCUCGGCGCUGCCCUGCGCCGUGGGAUACGCGCUGAUGGCCGGUGCCCAGGGGAUCGGGAUGCUGCUGCUGGGCCGCGUGCUGACGGGCUACGCCGGCGGCGUGACGUCCGCCUCCAUCCCGGUCUACAUCUCUGAGAUCUCCCACCCCGGGGUCAGAGGCAUGCUGGGCGCGUGUCCUCAGAUCAUGGCAGUGCUGGGCUCCCUUUUCCUGUACACGCUGGGGCUGGGCCUGGACUGGCGCUGGCUGGCUGUGGCAGGGGAGGUGCCCGUGCUCGUGAUGAUUGUCCUGCUCUGCUUCAUGCCCAACUCGCCGAGGUUCCUGCUCUCCCAGGGGAAGGAUGACGAGGCUCUGGGGUCGCUGUGCUGGCUGCGGGGCAAAGACACGGACUAUGCCCGGGAGUACGAGCAGAUCAAGGACAGCGUGAGGAAGCAGAGCCGGCGGGUUUCGUGUGCUGAGAUCAAGGACCUCUUCAUUUACAAGCCCAUCCUGAUCGCGGUGGGGAUGAGGUUCCUGCAGCAGCUCUCGGGUGUCACCUGCGUCCUGGUGUACCUGCAGUCAAUAUUCAAGAAAACAUCCGUCAUCCUGAAACCAGAGUACGAUGCAGCCCUUGUUGGCUUGGUACGUCUAUUCUCGGUGGCGAUCGCUGCUGUGUCAAUGGAUAAAGCUGGGAGGAAGAUUCUUCUUUUUGUAUCGGCUGGUGUUAUGCUGGUCUCCAACCUGACCAUGGGGCUCUACAUCCACUUCGCGCCAGCUUCUCAGAAUGACACCAUUGCCAACAAGACCCUGGUGAGCUCUGCCAACCUUCCUGCUGAGCCGACAAACUACAUCACCCUCAUCCCCCUCCUGGCAACCAUGCUCUUCAUAAUGGGUUAUGCCAUGGGCUGGGGCCCCAUCACCUGGCUGCUAAUGUCGGAGAUCCUCCCUCUGAAAGCCCGUGGGGUGGCCUCGGGCCUCUGCGUUGUCAUGAGCUGGCUGACAGCCUUCACCCUGACGCAGUUCUUCCUCCGGGUCGUGGAGGCCUUCGGCCUUGAGGUGCCCUUCCUAUUCUUCGCUGUCAUCUGUGCUGGGAACAUCUUAUUCACAGGCUGCUGUGUUCCAGAAACCAAAGGCAGGUCCCUGGAACAGAUCGAGGCCUUCUUCAGGACUGGCCGGAGGUCGUUCAUGAGGUAG